ACCACAUCGGCCUGGCGACGCCGUAUUCGUCAGAGACAUUCCGGCGACCGGUGAUCAGUAUCGCGCUACGCGACAUCGCCGUAACGUCGUGCAUUUCAUCGAAGUGUAUUUCUGUUCAGACCCUUUCGAUUUUAUUCCUGACGAACUGUGAUAAUAGUUGUUGGCAAUAGUCUGUGACACAUAUUCGAUGUUUGUUUGAAACACUACGAUAACACCCGCGAAUAACACUAUAUUGUUACGUUCGAACGAUAUCGUCGCUAUUCGAAAAUCGAGUGAACUGAAAAAUGGAUCCGUUUGAUAGUUACGAUAGGACUGACUUACCUGAGGUGUACCCUUCGUUCCUAAAUCUUCACGAAGACGAUGAUCAUUUGUUGCUGGACAUGGACUCGUUGGUCACGAGAAAAACCAACGCUCUAACUACGCGUAGUUACGAACCAACUCGGAAAAAAUGUAACUUCGGUGACGAAAAUAAUGAAAUCGAUGGUACCGGUUGGUCGUACAAACCUAUCAGAAACUGGUGUCAAGAGGAAACAAUAAAUUGGUUGAUGUUUGCGGCAUCUGAUAUCGGACAACCGUACAGUAUGAUUCAACACAGUCUCGCGCUGCCGGGAAAUGAGCUGGUUACCUUUACCAAAGAGGAUUUUAUCAAUCACGAUCCCGCGUAUGGAGCACGACUCUAUGACCUACUCCACUCUCAGCAUAUCUCAACUAUAUCUUCAUCAUUAGAUCCUAUUCACCCUCCUUUUGAAGAUGAAUACACGCGGAUUAAUUCCAACAGUACAUCAGAUGCAGAAUCAGAUAAUAACAGUAUUGAUAUUUCCACUACCAAACGAACACCAGGCAGGCCAAAAAUAGUAAAACAGAAGAAAAAUUCCACCAGUCAGGGAAAGCUUUGGGAGUUCAUCAGGGACCUAUUACGUAAUCCAGAAACGUGUCCAAGUUUAAUCUGUUGGGAAGAUUAUCCUCAAGCGAAAUUCCGAUUCGUUAAGAGCGACGAAGUAGCGAAACGAUGGGGUUCAAGAAAAGGGAACACCAAAAUGACGUACGAAAAAUUGAGCCGAGCUAUGAGGUAUUAUUAUAAAAGUAAAAUCUUCCAACCUGUUCUUGGCCGAAGACUGGUUUACCAAUUUGGACCAAAUGCAAAGGGUUGGCAAACCGACAACCCAAAUUUUCGGUAUUAAUCUACUUAUCGUUGUGCAGGGAUUCUUUUGGGGUCUCGUUCAUUAUAAAAAUUGUACAGAAAGUGAAUACAACGAUUGUGAUCAAUUGUAUAAAUGUCACAUACAGAAUAUAUCGUAAAAUAGUUCAGGGAAAAAGAAUAUUUUGGUCGCCAUCUUUAUCAAUACAUUGUAACUAUAGAUUCAUAUUUUGAUACCGGAAAUGAUAUUGAAAGUAUUUUAUUAAUCGAAACAAAGCAUCAGUCUGCGAUCGACAAUUGUAAAAGACUAAGAAAAAAAGAUCUAGUAUUAUAUGUGAUACAUACUGACUAGAUUUAAAUAACGU